AUGGCGCAUCAGCGCGGCAACGCGGUGGACAACAACGGUAUUACCUCAGCCAACAUGCUGCCGCCGAACCGCACUGCCCACGCUCUUGAGCAUCCUGAAGGCACCCGGAUACCGUCGUCGCUGCUCAGCCCGCCGCAGCAACCCACUGCCGCGCCAAGGAGGAAAUCUGAGCAGCUAGCGAAGCAGCACAGGUCGAGGCGCGACUCGGUGAUGCUGACGAGAUGGCACACGGCACAGGGUUCCGGCGCAGACGGCGGGGGAUCCAGUCUGAAUAUGGACAUGCCCCUGCUCAUGGACGUGGAGGAGUCCGUGGACUACACACCAUCUUCCAACGAGGAGGAUGACAUGGUCAGAAACGGUGACGUUAAGAACGAAGCCGCCGCGGCCCAGGCCGAAUCGGGGACUCGGAAGCCCAAGAGAACGACGACAGGCCGGGACGAGUCCAUUCGCCGAUUCCGCCUCUACAAUGAGUACUGUAGCACAGAAGCCAAGGUCAAGAGCGACGGCCGCCUGCGCAUCACCGUCAACGAGACAACCAACAUGAGCUACUUGGGCAAAGUCCUCGGUACCACCUCGGAGAGGGUCAUCCCUCCGGAGGGGGUUGGCCCCAAGCACCUACUGCCGAUGCCCUCUACCCGCCAGCCCCAACCUCAUAUGAACAUUGUCAUGAUGGUCAUCGGCUCGCGGGGCGAUAUCCAGCCGUUUCUCAAGAUCGGCAAGCUCCUUAAGGACCGCUACCGCUAUCGGAUCCGUGUCGCCACGCACCCGGCUUUCAAGAAUCUCGUCAAGAGCUCGGGGCUCGACUUCUUCUCCGUUGGCGGUGAUCCCUCGGAACUAAUGGCUUUCAUGGUCAAGAACCCAGGUAUGAUUCCCUCGCUGCAAACGGUCAGGGCCGGCGAGAUUAGCAAGCGACGUGACGCCAUGGCUGAGAUGUUCGAGGGUUUCUGGAGGUCGUGUAUCCGUGCGACAGACGACGAAACUGACAAGGCCAACACCAAAUUCAUGGGCGACAAGGAGCCUUUCGUGGCGGAUUGCAUCAUUGCCAACCCGCCCAGCUAUGCGCACAUUCACUGCGCAGAGGCCCUAGGGAUACCAAUGCAUCUCGUCUUUACAUUCCCCUACACGCCUACCAGGGCGUUCCCCCACCCCCUCGCUAGUGUCGAAAGGUCCAACGUUGACUUGCGGUAUGCAAACUUUAUUUCAUAUCCGCUCGUUGACAUGAUGGUGUGGCAAGGACUCGGCGACCUUAUCAACACCUUCCGCGUCAAGACGCUCUCCUUGGACCCAUUGUGGGCGUUGUGGGCGCCCGGAGCGACCUAUCGCUUGCGCGUACCUUUCACGUAUUUAUGGUCUCCCGGCCUGGUACCCAAGCCCCACGAUUGGGGAGAGGAGAUUGAUGUGACCGGAUACGUGUUCCUGGAAACGACCGAUACUUUCGAACCGGACCCCUCACUCAUGACAUUUCUUGAGGCUGGGGAGAGGCCUGUAUACAUUGGAUUCGGAUCCAUCGUUGUUGACGACGCCAAGAAAUUCACCAAUAUGAUCUUCGAGGCGAUAAGAAAAGCUGGCGUCCGCGCCCUGGUGUCCCGGGGCUGGGGUGGCUUCGGGCGCGACGAUGUACCAGACACCGUCUUCAUGCUCGGGGAUGUGCCUCAUGACUGGCUGUUCAGGCGGGUCAGCGCGUGUGUGAUCCAUGGCGGCGCUGGUACGACAGCUUCUGCACUUAAGCUCGGGCGGCCGACCAUGGUUGUCCCCUUCUUCGGAGACCAGCACUUUUGGGGCAGCAUGGUCGGGAGUUCAGGGGCUGGGCCGAAGCCCGUUCCUUACAGAGAACUGACCUCGGACAUUCUCGCCAAUGGUAUUAGGUAUCUCCUGACUGAUGAGGCCAAGGAAGCCGCGGGUAAGAUUGCCAAGUCCAUUGAGGUGGAUGGCAAUGGCGCCGAGAACGCAGUCAAGUCCUUCCAGAAACACCUCAAGAUGUUCGGUCCGUUCUCGCUGCGCUGCUCACUCCUUCGUAACCAAGUCGGCGUCUGGGGUGUCAAGGACUCGCGCGUCAGGCUCGGCCCGAUGGCGGCGCAUAUCCUCGUCGACAGGGGAGAGCUGAGCUGGAAGCAGCUGCGCCUCUUACGGCACCAAGAAUGGAACGACUUUGCAGGGCCAGUUGAGCCUGUAUUUGGCAUAGCUGGGUCCUUGAUGGACACGUUAAAGGACUCUUUUAGAGGCAUUGGAAGCGUGCCAGUCUACCUCUGCAGAACGGCCAUGCAGGGAAUCAAGGGUAAGAUUAGCAGACAAAGGCAGAGCAAGAAAGAGAGGAACGGCGCAGAGCCCACAGUCAAGCCAGUAACUCUAAAGCAACCGCCGAUUGACGUUCCUAGACCAGAAGAAUUUGUCACGAAUGUCACUCGUGGUGUUGGCAAGACGGCUACUGCCAUCGUGAAAGCACCGGCCAGCCUGGCCCUCGCGAUUGCUCAGGGUUUCCACAAUGCGCCGCGACUCUACGGCGACGACACCGUCCGCCGGCCGACGCGAAUCACCGGCUUCCACUCGGGCCUGGUCGCCUCGCGCAGGGAGUUCGUCCAUGGCAUUUACGACGGCAUCACCGGUGUGGUACUCCUGCCUACCCGCGGUGCCAGGACGGACGGCUUCUGGGGCUUCCUCAAGGGCACUGCCUUCGCCAUCGCAGGGCUGGUCCUCAAACCCAUCUCAGCCGUGGUCGGCCCGGUCGGCUACACCAUGCAAGGCACUCUCAAGCAGACAGAGCGCUGGCGGCGCCACCCGCAUAAGGUGAUUCGGCGGGCGCGCAUCACACAAGGGCAUCGCGAGAUCCAGGGUCUUCGUCCGGAUGAAUUGUCGCGCGUGCGCGCACGCGUACUCGAGGGGUGGCAUGUUAUGGGGCAGCUAGAGCGCGAGGUCGUCUCGGCGGAGCGCCGGCAUGGCAUUGCGGGCCAUAUCGACCACAUGGUGCUGGACACGAGCAUGAUGUUUGCCGACGUCGACAUCGCCAGGUGGUGCCUCAGGCAGCUGCGCAAAGGCGCCGGCGUUGAGGACGUGCUAGAUGCGACCUACAAGAACAAGGGUUCGGCCAAGUUGUGGAAGCCGCUCGUUCACACCGCGUCGAACCAGCUCAGCGUCUCGUAG